AUGAGCACGGAGUCCGAACUAGAGGAACCUGCAUCCACCGACCAAGAAGAAGCUGCAUCCACUAAACAAGACGAAGCUGCAUCCACCGAGCCGGAAUUUAUUGUCACCACGCCGACUUUCCCGGAAAGACUGUUCACACGUAAUUGCUAUCCUGGCAAACCUCGACUGAACAUCUAUUCAAAGGCGAGUAUCAUUGGAUCGUUAGUGAAGUUACUAAGAGGCUCCCCUGAAAUGAAUUGUCUCCUAGGAAGUCAGUUUGGAGCUCUGUUCCACUUACCUGUAUCGCGCUGCUCAAACUCUGCGAAGCUUGUACAUUCUCUCCUCAGCCGUCAGCUGGUUACGAUGCGCCUAUAUGAGCUCUGGUUCUUGUUUGCAGACAAGCCAAUACGCUUUUCUCUGCGUGAGUUUGGAGACAUCACGGGGCUGAAAUGCGAGCCUGAAAGGGAAAAAGUUGGAAACGGGUCAGAAUCUAGCGAUGCCACACCUGGACGUAUGUGGAAAGAGUUGUUUGAAACUGAAGAUGAAGACGUGACUGUACCAGAUGUUCUUCGUAUGCUUGAACAGCCUAGUCUUCCUGAGUGGAAGCGGUUGCCACUAGCUCUCAUUGCGCUUGUAGAUGGGCUCCUGGUUUGUGGUCACAAACUUCUUCGUUUGACGCCUGCUUACGUCGAGAUGCUGGAAGACACCAGAUCAUUUCUUCAAUAUCCAUGGGGGAGAGAGGCAUUCGUCAGCACUCUGUCUAGAUUGACACCACCUCAACCUUCUGAUCCUUCUAAAAAGGAUAAAUCCCUUUCGGUCAUGCGCCUUCGUUUGAAACAGCAGUCAACAGCGUGUUAUGGGUUCCCUCUGGCGCUGCAACUUUUUGCUUUUAAAGCUAUCCCCUCAUUGCUUGAGAAAAUUCCCGAACCUAAUAAAACCACUUCUUUCUUGCAAGAACCAGAAGGAUGCGACUCAACAAAUGCACUUCUGAAUUUUGAAGACAUACUUCUGGUAGAAACCCAAACUGAGGUUAUUGUUACGUAUUCAAUCCCAGAUGAAGGUGGGGAUCCAAAGUGGAAGAAAGAAGUAAUCGAUCCCCGAAUAGAUAACUUAGUUCGUCGAAUGCGGGAAGGGCACAAGUUCAAAGCAACUGACUUUAGAGGAGGUGAUUCAUCGCUUCCACCUCUGAAGCCAGCUGAAAAGGCUGAAGGUGUCGGUGUCAAAAAGAAGUGUCAAAAGCCGUCGAGGCGGUUUGGGAAAGCCUGUGAUGAACCUGGAAGUUCGACUCAGUCGCCUCAGCGUCCUAUUCGACCUCGUCGUGGGAUAUGUAAACAGGCUGAACCAGGAAACUUAUCAGAUAAGGAGCAAGAGCUGAAAGAGUGGAUACGAGUUGAACUGAAAACCCAGUUGGGUGUGGGAUGA